GAGAACGGACCUGCAGUCCGCCCUAGACCUAUUUCUGAAUGGGUUGCGUUGAAGAAUGCUGGGGGAAGUACUUGUGGGCGUAUGUUGAUCCUGCUGCCACUGACGGUAGAGCACUAUCUAUCGCUGACAACUGGCGAUCCCUGAAGAGCGUGGGGUUGAACGACUCGUUUGAUGUGGUGCUGCCUGUCCCAGGUGCCCCGACGGACGCCUACUUCUUCAAAGGAGACAAAUAUGUCCGUGUCACGGCCAUUGUGCCAGGGCAAGGUGGUGACACGGUUGUGGACGGGAUCGCGCGUAUAGACGUUCCCAUCUGGUUUGUGUAUUUGUACGUAAGUGGCAUGCAAGGCGUCUUCGGGCCGAGAGUAGGUCAAGGAGAAAAUGAAAGAUAAAAACAAAAAGCGCGGUUCAUU